AUGAUGCAAGAACCCCUUUACCUUGGCUUAGAUCUCUCUACUCAACAAUUGAAAGCCAUAGUCGUCGACUCGACUCUCAAUGCCGUACGGAAUGUCACAUUCGAUUUCGAUGCCGAGUCAAUCAGUUUUAAUAUCGAAAAAGGGGUGAUUGCAGACCUUGCCGAACACAAAGUCUAUGCUCCUGUCGCGCUUUGGCUACAGGCUCUUGACGGAGUCUUGCAGAAGCUGAAGGAUACCUCGCUCGACCUCGCUCGAAUCAGGGGCAUCAGCGCCGCAGGCCAACAGCACGGAAGCGUCUAUUGGAAUGCUGAUGCUGAAAGAAUCUUAGCUGGUUUAAACAGCUCAAAAACUUUGCAGGAUCAGGCCCAAGGUGCUCUCUCACAUCCUUACAGUCCCAAUUGGCAGGAUUCGAGCACGCAAGCGGAAUGUAAAAUGUUCGAGUCCGCCCUGGGUACUAAGGCUGCCUUGGCUCAAGUUACUGGUAGCAAAGCACAUCAUCGUUUCACGGGCCCUCAAAUUCUAAGGCUGCGGCAAAAAUGCCCUGAGGCAUACGCGAAGACGGCUCGCAUAUCUCUCGUCUCGUCCUUCGUGGCUUCAAUGUUGCUUGGAAAAAUUGCUGCCUGCGAUAUUUCUGACGUCUGCGGAAUGAAUCUGUACAAUAUACGGGAAGGCUGCUGGGAUGAACGCCUGGUCAAGCUUGCUGCUGGCGAAUCUGGACUACCGGAUUUGAAAGCGAAGCUUGGGAACGUUCCUGAAGAUGGGGGCAGCCAUUUAGGUAGCAUCAGUUCCUACUAUGUUGAAAGGUACGGAUUCAGUCCAGAAUGCACCAUCGUCAUAUCCACUGGCGAUAAUCCAGCCACAAUACUCGCUCUGCCUUUGAGGUCCCAAGAUGCUGUUGUCUCGUUAGGAACAUCAACAACUUUUUUGAUGUCAACUCCCAAAUACAGGCCGGACCCAGCGACGCAUUUCAUGAACCAUCCUACUACUACAGGCCUGUAUAUGUUCAUGCUCUGCUACAAGAAUGGGGGACUGGCUCGAGAAGACAUACGCGAUGCGUUGAACUCUAAAGCAAUGUCGCAAACAACCACAUCACUUUGGACUUCCUUUGACGAAGCGCUGUGCAGUACCCCUCCACUUUGUCAGCGUGCAAGUCAUGAGCCUAUGAAGCUGGGGCUCUACUUCCCCAAACCAGAAAUCGUUCCGGAGCUACCUUCCGGCCAGUGGCACUUCGUGUACCAUAAAGAGGCUAAGCAGCUAAUCGAAUCAGACGAAGGCUGGCUGAGACCAGAAGACGACGCGCGAGCUAUCGUUGAAAGCCAGAUGUUAUCAUUGCGUCUACGCUCCAAAGGCCUGGUGUCAAGCCCUGGCUAUGGACUGCCCCCACAACCGCGCCGCAUCUACCUCGUUGGUGGAGGCUCGCGUAGCAAGGCCAUUGCUAAAGUGGUUGGAAAAGUACUUGGCGGGAGCGAGGGGAUAUACAAGCUCGACGUCGGAGAAAAUGCUUGUGCUCUUGGUGCAGCGUACAAGGCGGUCUGGUCGCUAGAAAGGCGGACUAAUGAAACAUUCGAAGAACUGAUCGGUGACCGGUGGGAGGAAAGCCAGUUCGUUAAGCGCAUAGCUGACGGCUAUCAAGAAGGUAUUUUUGAGAAAUACGGAGAAGCUCUUGACGGGUUUGAGAUGAUGGAGAACAUUCUUAUGAGAAGACACAAUAAGGAUUAG